AUGGCGACCCCAACAGGACCUUUCACCAACUGUUCAAAGCAACAUAUAGACAGUCUACUCCAAAGCUUGUGGGUCUUCCCAGCAACCACGACAGCACGUAGGCACGAUGUUCCUUGCUAUUGUCAACAGCUCGGCUGUCCUUUCGAGCGAAUACAACAACUUGUUCCGUACUUGAACUUCUACAAGCGGCUAUCAAAGAGAUAUGGGGUAGAUCUUCCAACCGGCGCAACAGUCUCUCACCCCGAUUUACACAUCCUUGUUCAAGCGAUCCGUGACCAUCCAGACCUGACACGCAUUGAAUUGAUUGAGACACAGCUGAUUGGAAGUGCUCUUUGCAAAUCUCCAAUGCGGUCAGAAGAUCGUGAUAGAGCAAUUGAUCUUGCAGUCCGAGUGAUGACCAUGAUCAACUGCCAGCCACAAAACAGAUCAAUAGGAUUUGUUGAAUAUGGGGCUACAUUUCAAGGCUGGUCGGCAGAGACGACCUUCAGCGAUUUCAUUGAGAGCUGCUUUCCCACCCCUAUGCCACUGGCGCCCCAAACCACCGAACAGCACAUAAAUGGUGAGAUGCUUGUUCGUACGAACUUGACGGCAAGUCAGGUGAUGAAGAAGGCAAAGUACAAAUUUGAGGCCACAGACGACAUGCGGAAGCACUUAAUCCUCGACCGACAACGACGCGUUGUGCAGAUCUUCCACCAUGCUGCUUUCCUCAAGGAAAAUCUGCGGUUGCCACGGCAGAUCGCUCUCGAGAUCCUGGACUCGAUCCAGAAAGUCCUCUUCCGGCACUCGGACGCCAGGUCACGGACAAUUUUGCGUUCAUUGGUAUCGAAAGAGAACUUCGACCCAGAAUGUCUCCAGUUCGAGUUCAGUUCCUUACGAGUUCCAGGUGAAGAAGAGGUGUCUUAUCGCUACUUCGGUGCUCGAAUGGCUGAGCUAUACGAAGAAAUCGAGAACCCGUCCCCAGAUGGCCUCAUCGAGAAGUGGUUGGAACGAAGGAGCGGCGCCAGAUAUAUCAUGCUUGCCACGUUGAUAGGUGUGCUUUUCGCAGUCCUGCUUGGGUUCUUGUCGUUAGGAGCAUCUGUCUUCCAAGCCUACAUCUCGUACCAGACUUGGAAACACCCUGUGGCUGCAUGA